AUGAGUGUAGUUGAAUGCCAAGACGCCAUUAACGCACCAGACCUUCAGGUGUGGAACAACGCCGCCUUCGACAACGAAGACUCCGAAGGUGGCUCCUCCGUCGUGAAGGCUUCCUGGUCCGAUAUACUCCAACCCCUUUCGCUGAAUUGCUCUUCCGAGUCGUUUGAAUCGGGUUGCAGCAAAGAGAAUCUGAGCCCCGCGAUUCUGAAAACCCCUGUCUGCGUCAAAUCUUCGGUGCCCUUCAAGCCGCUGGACACAAAUACGAAUCUUGAUCCCUUCUCGGCGGUUGCGAAGAAGAAGGGUCUUGCAGAGGUUAAAGAAGGAGAAGAGAGAGUUCGAGAUGAGGGGAAGAUCGAUGCGGAGAUUGAAGAGAUUGAGAAGGAGAUUAGUAGAUUGAAUUCGAGGCUGGAAGCGCUUAAACUUGAAAAGGCUGAGAGAAACGAGAAGGCGGUAGAGAAGCGUGGAAGGGUUGUGGCGGCGAAGUUCAUGGAGCAGAAACAAGGUGUGAAGAAUUUGGAUGGGUUGAAAAAGAUUGAGUCUAUGAUGAUGAGCGUGAGGUCGAAGGAUAAUCGGAGAGGAAUGAGUUUGGGGCCGUCUGAGAUUAUAGCUGGAGCCGGAUUUCAGAGGCCGAGUAAGUUCGAGAUCACCCCUGUUCAGGCAACGCAGAGUCGCCGGAAAUCGUGCUUUUGGAAGCUUCAGGACAUCGAUGAAUUGAGGGCUACGAAAGAGAGGGGCAAGAGUUUGAGUUUGAGUCCGAAAUCGAGGAAAACUGUGUCCAAGGUUCAAGCUCCGAAACAGGCUGCAACUACUGUUGGAGGGUCCAAAAGGCCUGUGAAGAAGCAAGACAAGGUUCUUGCAUCAAUUGGACCCAAGAAGCUUUUUAAAGACGGAGCCGAGAAGUCUGUGCCUGCUAAGAAAACACCAUUCAAGCCUGGGAGGGUUGUGCCUAGUAGGUACAAUCAGAUUGGGAAUUCGGCAGUGAGUGAUGGUCGGAAGCGGUCUUGGCCUGAGGAUGAUAAGGAUGACAGUAAGAGAGGUGACAAGAGGCGGGUCUCCUUGGUUGGAAAGCCGCAUGGCAUUGCCCGUGAGACAUCCAGGAGUCAAGGACCGGAGUGCCGGGUGAAGAAGAGGUGGGAGAUUCCAAGUGAGAUAGUGGUGUACCAAGUUGCAGCAGAGGAUAACAAGUCACCUUCAGUUGAGAUAGGAGAUGUGCUGCCAAAAAUUAAGACAGUCCGAUGUGGUAUUGAUACUCCGAGGGGUUCGGGGCCAGCCAAAAGGGCUGCUGAAUUGGUUGGGAUGAAAUCCUACUUUAGCACCAAUGGGGAGGUUUGCCAUGAAUUGAGUUUUGCAGAAGAAGGUGCUGAGGAAGAAUAA